GAAACAAACAAAAAAGAAAGAAACAAGGGUUUUGUUUGUUUAUUUCCAAAAUUGAUAAUUUAUUAGCUCCUCCAUUGAAGAAGCAAAAGCAGUAAUUGGAGAACCAGAUGCAACCGACACCUGGCGGUAGAAGUAGCAGUGGCGGUGGUGGUAGUGGUGAACUGAGUGGAGGUGGUGGACUCGCUCGGUUCCGCUCAGCUCCUGCCACCUGGUUAGAAGCACUUCUCGAAGAAGAAAAACCAGUAGACCAAAAAGAAGAGAAAGAAGAAGAAGAAGAAGAAGAAGAAGAAGAAGACGAAGAAGACCCAUUAAAGCCAACCCAGAGCUUAACUCAGUUACUUGCUUCCUCUGCCGAUCCAAGCCUCUUAGUCUUCGACUCAAACAUAUUCAGACAGAACAGCUCUCCAGCUGAGUUUUUCGGGAAUUCUGAUUCCGAAACCUACUUCUCCAACUUUGGUCUUAACCCAAACCCACCAAAUUACAACAACUAUGACUCGCACUCCAACUCCAACACUUUUCAUGGCGGCGGCGGUGGUGGUACUGCCACAAAGCGCUCUAGGGAGCUCAACCACCGCUUCACUGCAAAGUUCCCAUCUCAUCAUCAACUGAAAGGAGAGCAAAGUAGCGGUGGUGGUGGAGUUGGUAGCUUCAUAGAUAUGGAGAUGGAAAAGCUUUUGGAGGACUCAGUUCCUUGUCGGGUUCGGGCAAAGCGAGGUUGCGCUACUCAUCCUAGAAGCAUUGCUGAGAGGGUUCGAAGGACUCGAAUAAGUGAUCGUAUAAGAAAGCUUCAGGAGCUGGUGCCCAACAUGGAUAAGCAAACAAACACUGCAGAUAUGUUAGAAGAGGCAGUAGAGUAUGUUAAGCUUCUUCAAAAGCAGAUUCAGGCAAAUGAGUAGGUGCUAAGAGGUAUGGGAUUGGAAAUAAAUAAAAUAAGAGAAAAUAUAAUUUGAAUGGAUGUGGUGUUCAAGUGAAGUGCAAAACAGAAGGCAUAAUUUUUUGCACAUUUUGAAAAUCCUGAAACAUGGCAGGAUCUCUCAGAGCAACAACAGAGAUGCAAAUGCGUGGUCAAAGAUUUCACAGAAGAAAGUAUUAAAGAAUAAAGAUAGCUCCCAGAGUCAUGUGUAAUUAUCUAAUUUUGAGGUUUCAGCCAAGCUUCAUCAUGGUAAUUUGCCACUAAUAUUCUCUUCUCUCAAAUAUUCACCUUGUAAUUACAAGAUCUAGCACUCCCCUUCUAUAUAGAUUUCAGGUUUCAUAAUUUAGUCUAUGAUCAAGAAUGUUUGCUUCAUCUUGUCAAAACUGCUCUUUGAAGUUUGCUAUGGUUGUGAUUACGCUUGAAAAAAAAGAAAGAAAAAGAAAAGAAAUGAAGAAGUUAUUGUGAUAGUACUUGUAAAUUAAUGCACACAAUAAUAUAUUAAGUCAAUUGCUGCACAACGUUCUUUGUUUAA